AUGUACAUCCCUGAACAGCUAUACGAUAUUGAAAGCAUGCAUUUCCACCCGGACGUAUGCGAACUCCUCGUUUGCCGCCACCAAGGGACACACCGUUCACAGAAUGCCCAGCCAUCAUCAUCACAGCAAGCCGUCACACCACCAAGCCUCAGAGCUGUGACAGCGGGAAGCAAGCAGAUCAGCAGAGAGAAAGGCCCCGUCGAGCGCCAUGUCUCAAUGUUUGGUUAUAGACCUGAAGACACGCAGCAGCCCAAGAGAAACAUAGCAGAAUGGAGUCUGCUAUCGAGAACCAGCACGCCUUCGACACAAGCCUCUGCAUCACCACGCAUCUGCACGCCCGGAAACGCCAUCGCCGCCAAGCGCUCCCUUGUGACACCGCAACCGCUCGACUUCAUCGAUCCGUCAAACUGCAAUCCCAGUCCCUGUCUACCUCGCUUCGACGGGAUCCCUUGA